AUGUAUUCUGAAACUUCGAAAAAUUCGACAACAUCAAAUCGUCGCAAAUAUUCGUUGUCUACAUCAACACAAUCGACACAAAAAGAGGAUGAAGAGGAUUUGUGUUGUUUCGAAGCGUGUUCUUCAUCUUCUUCGUCUGGAGCUAGUAGUUCUUCUAUGAUUUCGCCAGUCGAAUCGAUGACUGACGCUGAAAUGGCUAUUAUUGAAAUUGCGCAUCGAGAUAGCACACUUUUGGAAUUGUAUGCGGAUCCGAGUUGGCGAUUUUAUUCGCUUUCGCGCACUGCAUUUUGUUUGGCGACUGUCGCGAUGCAACAUGGAUUGAGUGGAGAUGAAGGGUUUUGGAAAUGGAGUAUGCGCAGAUUUCUCGGGGGGUUGAAAUAGGGAAAAAUAAGGAUGUGUUAGAAAAUGCAUGUUCUUUUUUAAAGCUGAAAAAUCCACCCAAAUUUUACCUUCUUUGAUUUUUGAAACGUAAUUUUUUUGGCUUGAAAAAAAAUGUUGCUUGACAGUUUUUUGACACAUGACCUCGAUAGUCUGUGUUUUUUUCAGUUGGUUUUCCAAAAAAAAAUGUCUUAUCGAUGUUGUGUUUUUCGCACUUUCACAUGAUUUUCUUCCAUUUCCAUAAUGUGAUUUGUUUUGACAAAUUAUUUUUUUUGGUUUUGGGAGAAAAAGCGGGAAGGAAACUUGGGGGGGGGGAAUCUAGAAUUCUUGAAAUUUUCUGUAAAAAUGAAAUCAAAUAGAGAUAUGAAAUUUCCAGAAGUUAACUAUAGCUAAUAUAGCCCGAAUUCUUCGCCCAAAAAAUUUCCCCCAAUUUUUCAGGACGCUCAACUCGUGGAAAAGCGAAAAUAAUUGAGAGAAGACCAUCGAAUGCAUCAGAUAUUGAUUCGAUUUCAACAUCUUCUUCAAUUUCAUCGGCUCAAGAUUUGACGAUCACAAAAUCGACGAGAAAUGGAAUCAAACCACCACCACCGCCGACUUCGGUUUUGACAAAAGAUGGAGGAUAUGAAGUAUCGCAUAUGGAUGUGGUAAGCAAUUUUGGGGCUGGAAAUUGCGGUUUUUGGAACAAUUUAUUAGAAAAUGUAGAAAACUAGACAUUUUCGGAUAAGUUUUGUGAAAAAAAACAACAAUUCUAUAUAAAAAUUUCAAAUUUUUAAAGAACACGUAUACACUUUCUAAUAACUUUCUUUUAUUCAGAAAAUUCCUAGAACUCUCAAAAUUACCCCCCAAGAGUCCACAAAUUUCUAAACCUCUAACUCUCUCUUCUCUCUUCAUAUUUCCAAACUUUUCUUCUCUUCUCUCACAUGCCUCUUUGUCUGAUCUGGUUAGAUGUUUGAUUUCGAAUCUAAAAGUGACGGAAUCGAUUCCCGCUGCUGUCUGCAACGACAUUUGAGAAGGUGAUGAUAUUCUCUGAAUUGAAUCAUCGCUGGUUAUUAUGUCGAAAAUUGAAUUCUCACAAAUCAAUUGUGUAGUGGAUUUGCAAAAAUUCUGGCACUCCUGAUUUGACAUUUUUUGAGCCAAAAAUUCCAAAUUUUUGUAAAAACUAGUCUAAAAAUGCUACUUUUUUCAACUCAAAAAUUGAUUUUUUCACCCCUAAAACCUCUUUUUUGCAGCUCAGCGAGAAAAUCUGGCACUACCAUAACAAAGUAUCGCAAACCGAUGAAAUGUUGUCGAGAAAAUUACAAUUGAGAGAUAUGCUCUAUUCGUCGAUUAGCCCCGUUUUUCCAAGUGAGUUUGAGGUUUUUGGCUGGAAUUUUCAGCGUUUUUAGGCUGACAAUUUGAAAAUUUCAUGAUUUUUGAGAAAUUUUGACUCAAAAUUUGCGAUUUUCAAUAGACUUACAAAUCCCGGAUUUUUUAGGUUUCAUGGAAUUUUUAUGUGAUUUUGAGAGAAAUUAUUUUCAGUUUUGUUUUUCUGUCACUUUCGAGGAUCGAAAUUUGUUUCUGAAAUAAUUUAAAAUUUUAGGUUCUUGAGGAAUUUGUUGAGCUGAAAAUUUGAAAAUUUCGUGUUUUUUGAGAAAUUUUGACUCAAAAUUGAAGAUUUCGAGUAGGUAAAGAAAUCCCGGAUUUGUUAGGUUUCAUGAGAAUUUGAUAAAAGAAUAUUCUUGUUCACCCCGAUAUUUUUACAUCGCCAGAUUUCUGAAAAUUGAUCUAGAAUUACUAUAUUCAGCUAGAUCUAUACUUAUAUAUACAUACAAGUCUAAUUCUCUCCAAAAUCCUUAUUUCUUCUAUUUUACAGUGUGCGGUUUAUAUGUUGUUGGUUCAUCAUUGAAUGGUUUCGGAAACAAUUCAUCUGACAUGGAUUUGUGUCUAAUGAUUACAAACAAAGAAUUGGAUCAGAAAAAUGAUGCGGUUGUAGUAUUGAAUUUGAUAUUAGCCACUCUGCAAUAUGAGAAAUUUGUGACGAGUCAAAAAUUGAUUUUGGCCAAAGUUCCCAUUUUACGUAUCAAAUUUGCUGAGCCAUUUGGUGAUAUUACGGUUGAUUUGAAUGCGAAUAAUUCGGUGGCCAUUCGAAAUACACAUUUAUUAUGCUAUUAUUCGGCUUGUGAGUUUUUUUUGUGGGAAACGCGGGGGUUUUGAGGGAAAAUCUGGAACUCUACAAUGAAAUUUGAGCUUAAAAUUGAUUUAUUUCAAUAUUAAAAAAUUCACUGUUUCAGAAAUAUUUUAUACAAAUUUUCACCUUUUGAUUUUCUGAUGAUUUAUCUAAUUAAAAAAAAAUUUUGAAGCUGGAUUUAUUUUUCUGAAAAGCGAUUUUUUUCACUUAUCACUUAUUUUUUUGAAUAAGAUUUUGCAAAAAUGCAAUUUUUCAACCUUUAAAAAAUCACUGUUUCGUUUUUUAUUAAUUUUUUCCACAAAAAUCGCUUUUCGAGUUACCUGCAUAGGGAAUUUUUCGCCCAAAUGAAUAUCUUGAAAUUUAAUUUAUCUGUUUGUUGAAAAAUCUACUGUUUCACAAUUAUUCCAAAUUCUCUCAUUCCCCCUGACAAAAUUGAUGCUUUUCUAAAAUUCCGAAUAUUUUUAUUUGCAGAUGAUUGGCGAGUUCGCCCAUUGGUUUCUGUUGUCAAAGAGUGGGCAAAACGAAAGGGAAUAAAUGAUGCGAAUAAAUCAACAUUUACCAGCUAUUCGCUCGUUUUGAUGGUUAUACAUUAUUUGCAAUGUGAGUUGAUUUCUGGGUGGAAGUUUGGGGGAUUUUUCGCGAUAAAAUCUUUUAACUAUAGUAGAAAAUGGUAUUUUUAGAAAGAGAAUGACUGAAAAUUUAUUCAAAAAUUCAGAAAAUUACCCCUAUGUUUUUCUAGGCGGAACCAACCCUGUAGUUCUACCAAAUUUGCAAAAAUUGUAUCCGAAUCGUUUUUCGAACAAAAUUGAUGUUCGAACUUUGAAUGUAACAAUGACAUUGGAAAAUGUUGGAACAGGAAGUGGAGGAAAUAGCACAACAUCGACAACAACAUCAGCAACAGCAUCGAAUUCGAAUGGAAAUUCGAGUCCGAUGGAAAUUCCGGCUGUGGCUGAGGAUAAUACAACACUUGGCGAAUUAUUGAUUGGAUUUUUGGAUUAUUAUGCUAAUCAGUUUGAGUGAGUUUUUUUUAGAAGAAAAAUAGCUAAAAAUGAUGAGUUUUGAAUUUUUCCAACUGGUUCAAAUUUCCGUGAUAAUUUUGAUUUUUGGAAAAUUUUUGAAUUUUCACCGAAAAACAGUUUUCACUAGAGUUUUGAAAACUUCGCUGAAAAUUGUAAAAAUUUACCUAGACACCGUUUUUUUCACCUGAAAAUAUCCGAUUUCUCAAAAUGUUUAGCCCGAAAUUGUUACGUUUCAAAAAAUGUUAUGAUUAUUUUUGUUGGAUCGAGAUAAAUGUUCUUCGUGUUUUUUGAAUUUCUUCAAAAAGUCUAGACUGCUAACGAAAUUUCUAAUGUUGAACUAAUUUUUUUUGCAAAACAAAUCUCCAAAGUCAUUUGAAAUCCUAGCGAAAUUCGGGUAAAAUCAGAUAAUUUUAUCCUGUUUCAAAAAAUCCUAAAAACUGAAAAUUCUAAAGUUUCAAAUUGAAAAUUCUAUAUUUCUGCAGUUAUGACCGCGAUGCGAUAUCAAUUCGUCAAGGUCAACGACUCGAGAGAUCAGUAGUUGCUCGCCCAAAAAAUAUGACAGCUCCACCCCCACCCUCACAAUUAUCAAUGAAUGGAGCGGGAAUAUGUGGAACUGCUGUACCAAAUCAGCAACAACAACAAACAUCCACAACAACACCGCCACCUUCAACAUCUGCCUCAACAUCUUCAAUUCAAUCAUGUUCGAAACAGCAACAAGUUCAAACACAAGCACAGCAAAAUCAACAGCAAUUGUUUCAAGGCGCAUGGCGAUCACAAUGGCGAUGUGUUUGUAUCGAGGAACCAUUCACCAAUUCGAACACGGCACAUUCGAUAUACGAUGAAAUGGUGUUUGGCGCAAUAAAAGAUGCGUUCCGUGAGGCGCACGGCGAACUUCGAAAAAACCAUGAUUUGGAUCGAUUGAUGCAAUGUGAACCGAUAAAUGUGACAAUUCCAGCGACGGGAGCUGUUGUUUAUGCGGCACUUUAUGAAGGAGAACGACCGGCUUAUUAUGGACAACCAUAUCAGCCACACAUUCAACAACAGCAACAAAGAAGACAGCCAAAUGGUGCACAAAACAACACUUACAAUCGAAAUGGUGGACGACGAUAUUCAUCGAAUCAGAAUCAGAAGUCGAGUAGAUCACAGGAGAAUGUGAUUGUGGCAAAUGGAGUGGAGAAGAAGGAGGAGUAAGUUUUUAGGGGCUGGAAUUGGGACUAACAAAGUUAGGGCAAGUUAUUGCCUUGAUUUUGGGCUUUAAUUUUCAAUUUUUGAACAAUAACUUUGAACUGUAGAAGAUCAAGCUUUUACUGCCACAAAAAAAAGGAUUUUUGGCUGAGCUGAUGUUGGCUUCAAAACUUCUCAUAGAUAUUUUUGCCGAAAAAAAUUGGUCUAGAUUUGAAGAGCCCAGAUUUUUGAUAAGCUGAAUCUAGACUUCAAAUCAAGUCGGAGCUUAAUCCUAGAGUUCACGGCGCAUUUCAAAAAUAAAAUUCAUUUUUGCACGUCAAAAGCUAAAACCCAUAAAAAUUCCAAACUUCCCAGAUUUUUAAAUUUCAAUCAAUGUUAUUUUUUUUCAGUUGCAAAGUUCGUAGUGACUUGACAACUCCAUCUCCAAUUCCACCAGCUUCUUCAUCCGCAACAUCUUCCACAUCAGUUUCAUCAUCGAAUUCGCCAGCCUCAACUUCAGCUCCAAAUUCUUCGUCUUCAACAUCCUCGAAUAAUGUUGUUGUUGUUUCAGCCAAUAAGUGA